AUGGGACAAGUCCCCAACAGCUCGGGCCAUGAUUCCGAAAAGUCCCCAUCUCUUACCCCGCAGCACAGGCGCGGCUACCAGGCUUGCGAUCCUUGCCGCAAGCGAAAAGUCAAGUGCGAUCUGGGCAGUGUCGAUAAUCCACGGCCCCCGCCAUGCGUGCGAUGCCGGCGAGAAAGUAAGCGAUGUGAAUUUUCAGCCACUCGUCGCAAGCGCAAAACCUCCGAGCAGCCUGAAGAGGGCGAACAUGAGGCCCAAGAAGCCGUUCUUCACCGCGACAAGCGGAUGAUGAUCGGCGAGGUCCCCAAGAAAGAGAAUCUGCCUGAGGCUUCCCCGUUCCUUCCAUCCGAGCCAGCUUUCCAGUCCGAAAGCUUGCGCGUGAGACAGCGCUGGUCCGAGCAGCAGCAGCAACAACAAUUUGCUGCGGCCUCCAAUGCUCUGCCAUCGGUGCGAUCCUUGCAAAAUGCCCCGGCGGCCUCGUCUGCGAGACAUAUUAUGGAAGCGAGGCAUCAGCGAUUGCCUUCAUACCAGACCAAUGAGAGAAGCACGGCAGCUGGCUAUGGAGGCCAGCCGAUGAUGAAUCGCACGGCGGUUGAACUGCUUUCUCCAGCUAUCACAAAUACCCACGACGCUUUGCACUUGCUGUCCGAAGCCGCUGGUCGGACGGAGGAUCUGAACCGAUAUGCCGCAAGACAAUCUGUCUCGUCUUUUAACUCGGGCCCGUCACCUCUGGCGCACGGAAGUUCUCCAGGAAUAUUAGCGGGUCCUUUGUCCGGACUCCUCGAUCCGGUGCGUCAGGGAAUGGAAUAUACCAGGGUACAGGAAUGGGUGCUGGGGAUCCCUAAUGUCUCCCAAGAAAGUCGUCCCCAUGAAGGCCCAACGAACCAGCAAGACCCAGGAUACAUUGAUGCAGUACGAGCAUGGUCAAGACUGCGUUUCGUACGGGCAGGAUGGAUGACGGUCCAGGAAGGAAUGGAUUAUGUGGCAUAUUACUAUGAGAAUCUGGCGCCCAUGAGCCCUGUGGUGACGCCCGAUUACUCGCAUCCCUCGAAGCAUCGCACGUUACUUACCGAAGAGCCUGUGUUAGCGGUGACCAUCCUCACAAUCGCCUCUCGCCAUCUGAAACCCAAGGGAGAUGGGGCUAGCACCCGCGCUUUCUACAUCCACGAUCGGCUCUGGUCAUACUUGCGAGGCAUGAUCGAACGGCUUUUCUGGGGCCAGGAGAAAUUCGAUGCUAGCGCCCCAGGGAUGAGCAGGCCGCGUGCGUUAGACUUGGCCUCGACUUCAGGAAGACCCCUCGCGAAAGGGAAUCUAAGAGCAUUGGGUACGGUUGAAGCUUUACUUAUCCUUACCGAUUGGCAUCCUCGGAACCUGCACUUCCCACCCGGCGAUGAUGAGAAUGCAUUAUUGGACACAGAUGCCCACCCACACAGUCGCCUUGACCUCGACAAUGAUAUUGAUUCAUCGGGCACUAAAGGACCAAAUUCCUCUCCCGAAGGUAGACUUGCAUUCCAGAAAUGGCUGGAGCCUGCUUGGAGAUCUGACAGGAUGUCAUGGAUGCUUUUGAGCACUGCGCAAGCUCUUGCAUUUGAGCUUGGCGUAUUUGAUCAGAAAUUGGAGCAAAAGGGCCCCCUUGAGUCUCCAUCUGAACAGUUCCGAAAACGCCGACUCCGCAGAUUGAUCCUUAUCUUUAUUACGCAAAGCAGUGGCCGACUUGGAAUCCCAUCUAUGCUUCCUUUACCGGAAUGGAGUGAGGAGGCGCCAUUGACCAGUGGGCCGAAAGACCUGCCUUCGGACCAUGAUAAGAUGCAAGAUUGUUGGAUGGGCAUUUCAAAGCUUGUCUACCAAGCGAACCACCAGCUUUUCGCGUCGGUCGAGCAAACCUCUGAGUUGAUCAAGAGUCGAAGGUACAUGGAACAGAUCGAUUGGUUCCAGCCGCAACUACGAGAGUUCAGGCAGAACCUGGAUCGGGUAAACAUGUCUCCGGCUAUGCGAAGUAUUCUGACGAUUGAAUACGAAUACACAAGGUUAUACGUCAAUUCUCUUGCGCUCCAAGCUGUUGUUGAUCGGUGGACCAACAUGUCCAGCAACGAGUCUGCCCAAUCCCAGCCAAAUCAGGCAAACACAGGGCCGUCACCUGGUAGCACUGGUUGGUUCCGUACUUUGAUGGAGCUUUACCGGGUCAAUGAACCGUACAUACAGGAGGUUGUAGACGCUUCACGUCGCAUCCUACAGGUUGUUCUAGAAGGUCUCGUGCCGGGGGGUCGCUUGAAGCAUGCCCCUAUUAGAACGUUCUUCCGGAUCCUGUCGGGAAUGAUCUUCAUCCUGAAGACAUUCACCCUCGGAGCUCAAGAGGACGAUGUGCGAGUCUCAUUAGAUUUGCAAGACCGGACUGUGGAUGCCUUGCGCACCUUUGUGGUUGACGACGUGCACAUCAGUAACACCGUUGCUCGCUUGCUGGAACUUUUGACUAAUAGCAUCCGCACGCGAUUCUUGCGGUUCGCACCCCAUGACCGCGGCGCCGACGGCGAUGGGCAAGACCGAGGCUCCGCUUCUGCCUCGCGAGCACACUCGCCCGCUCGCGAUAAUAUUGCGGGUCGGCGUGCUGGUUCACAAGCAUCCUGGGGACCAGGCUCGGGCCAGGAUGCAACUUCAAGCGGCAACGAUUUGGGACUUUUGGAGAACAACGGGGCCAGCGGACAUCCGUCGAUCGGGUCAGGCCAUGAUCCGCUCGCCAAUAUUCCUGCGCAGCCGAUUAACUCCUCCAAUUUGAACGUUUCGUUUAUGCCGCCUCCUCCGUCUGUGUAUUACAAUUAUUAUGAUUCAAACUCAACUGUGCCGGCCAAUGAGCUUGAACGGUCGUCGUCGGAUCAUCUGAUGUCUUCGCAUGCCGUUGGAGAUAGUAACGGGGGUAACACGUCACUGCCAGAUUGGUUUGCCCUACCGCUGGAUCAAUUCUUCAACAGCUCCACUGCCGUCGUUGACCAGGGUCUGGGUGGAACCGGGCCCAUGCUGGGGGAGUUUGACAUGCUAGAAGUAUUACUCAACGAAGGCUUUGACGGCAACACGAACGGCGAUGGGGAAUCUGGAGGCGGGGGGGCUAGCAUCUCAGUUCCUUCCAUAAUCUCCAGGGACGGUUUACGACCUUAG